AGAUAUCAGGAAGUAGAAUUGUAAGUUCUUAGAUGGUUUCUGUCCUUUUCCAGGUGUUACAUAAAGUUUAAAGAUGUCGUAUAUGCUUCCUCACUUACACAAUGGCUGGCAAGUAGACCAGGCCAUUCUUUCAGAAGAAGACCGUGUGGUGGUCAUCCGGUUUGGACAUGACUGGGAUCCAACUUGUAUGAAAAUGGAUGAAGUUUUAUAUAGUAUUGCUGAGAAGGUAAAAAAUUUUGCUGUUAUUUAUCUUGUGGAUAUUACAGAAGUACCUGACUUCAAUAAGAUGUAUGAGUUAUAUGAUCCCUGUACAGUAAUGUUUUUCUUUAGGAAUAAACACAUCAUGAUUGAUUUAGGUACAGGUAACAACAACAAGAUUAACUGGGCGAUGGAAGAUAAGCAAGAAAUGAUCGACAUUAUAGAAACAGUUUAUAGAGGAGCUCGUAAAGGUAGAGGUCUCGUGGUGUCGCCAAAAGACUAUUCUACCAAAUACAGAUAUUGAGAUUUUGUGAGAUUUGCUUUCUCUUUUCAUCCACUUCCAAAUACACACAAUUAUCCUUUGUAUAUAAAAGUUGACUUACGUAUUUUUUUAUGAACAUGUUUUGAAAUCUUAUUUAAAAACUUAGUCAAGUCUCAUUUGAAAAAAUAGAAGACAUGAAGUCUGGAACCAUUUGAUUUCAGAAGUAAAAUAGGUGGAUUAUUCCUUUUGAAUGAAAGGACUUCAACUCUCCAAAUGCUGACACCUCAGUGUAAUAUAUUUUUAACGCAAAUCUGUUCUUAGAAAAAAUUGUAAAAAAUGUGACAAGUUGCAACAAAUGUACAUGGAAAACUUUGAAGCCUUUUAAUGGAAAAAAGUACUGCUGUUGUGUUCUUGCCUUUAGUUAUCUUUAAUAAUAAAAGUAUUUGUCUUUUAAGGUACAUCUCCUGAA